AUGCUGUUCCCCAUGCAAGACCUCUCCUGGCUCGACCUCGCGCUGCUGUGCCACCCCGUUCUGGCCCUACUACCACCACGUGUGUACUCGAAGUCACAGCCCGCCGCCAGACGAAGCUGGCUUGCGCUUUCGUUCCUGGCGCUGCUGGCGUACCGCUACUACGCCACACCAAGCCCACUACCGCCCUUCACCACCACCACGGAACCCCUUUGCAAAACCCACGACCUCCCCAACCCAAUCGCCCACUUGCACCCCUCAAACGCAACCGGUACUCUUAACGGCACCAUAACCCUCCUCCCUAUCCCAUUGACCGUGGCCCGUUCCCUCAUUCCCCCCAGCUACACAAUCCUCACGCACGCCUACCGGGCCCUCCUGCCCAGCUUCCCGGCUGACAUGUACCCCGCGAUCCUGCAAGCCGUCCACGACCACGAUGUCCAGGCGUUCGGCUACAUCAUCCCGGACUUCUCGCGCGCCGGCAUUGAGUUCCCCUUCCUCGAUAUCCUGGGCGACGGACACACGAGUUUCCGGUGGGCGCCUGCGCUACUGCUGAGCGCGGGGCACAGCAUCGCGGUGGGCGGCGCGCGCGAGUACGGGACUGAAGUGCUGGAGUCCGAAUUUGCGCCAGCGUGCGACGCAUAUGCCUCCGUCGCGGGGGCUCCGGGGGCCACCACCUUCGAGGCCGUGGCCGAGGCCGGGGCAGCGUAUGUACGCACGCGGUUCGAGAAAGCUGAGGGCGGGGUCGGGCUGGAGUUUUUCAGGAAUGUGACGAAUCAGCCGUCGUUUGCGGACGGGCGGAGUUGCGACAACAUGGUGCGGUUGUUCAAUACGAGCGUGACGCAGGAGAUUGAGGUUGUAAGGGGGAGCCCUAAGUUUAGUGACGGUGUAACUAUUCCGUGGCCUCUAGUCUAG